AUGUUUCUAUCAACCGUUCUUGCGUCGCUGGUGUUGUUACCUUCUUUGGCACAGCCAGUGGUUGCCGACUUGAGGAUCACGGCGAAUCAUCAUUCUUUUGGUGGCGUGAAUUAUCCUCUCCUGCAGUUCUUCACACCCCAGCAUAGAGAUGAUACCAUCAAGGAGAUUGUAAAGAGCGGGGCGAGAGUCAUUCGACUUUUCAUUCGUCCGGACAAACAACAUCCUGACCCCGAAGGAGAGAUAGGCGGAUUCGACAAGUCCCUGCUUGACCAGUUCGAUGAUACUCUGGCUGCUAUCCAUCACUUGUCCAAAGGGCAAAUGAAAGUCAUUAUUGCACCGCAUGAUGCUCAUGCACUUCGCGGGAGCAACGAUGUGCCCUGUGAUGCUUACUGUAAAAAGCUUGAUGGGGCUUUCCUGGACUUUUAUAGCAACGAUGAAAUGCGUGAGCUUUAUAAAACGCGCCUCGAGGUUUUCUUCAAACACUACCCGUCCAAGAACUUCGACGGGCGCUCUUGGGGUGAAUUGUCAGAGAUCAUUCUAGGCGUUGACCUUCAGAACCAACCUUUCAGCGGAAUCUGGCCCAUCCCCUCUGGCGAAUCUUGGCUCUGCGAUAUUGCCAACCAUUUGAAGUUCACCAUCGGCCUCGACAACGCUAACAUCGCCGUGAUCAGUGGAGGUAUUUCCGGGCCCCAGAAAGUCGACGGUAUUGAAAACUUCCCCGACAGCGCAGUCGAGUGCGCAGCUAUUGAUGUCAUCGGUAUUCAUGGUUAUUUUUCAAAAGAAGUGCACGCCACUGCUGGAACGCCGUGGGCGAACAUGUUUAUUCCAGGCAAUACGCUGACGGCUAGAGCAAAGGGGAAAGAGGGUAAAGGGAAGUUAUUACUCGUGGAGGAAUGGGCGUAUGUGCAUAGUAAAUUCGGGUUGCAUUAUAAGAAGGAAGCCAUAUUCGACCAGGGAAACGCGCUGAACUAUAGAGGAAUUCCUUGGCUGUACUCACAUCUCACUACCCUGGACGAAAGUAGAACAGCUCGCGUCAACCCACUCCGGACAGAAUACACUGCCUGGACCGCCUUGAAGGAUGUUCUAAAAGGCGCUUACACCUCACGCAGCAACUUUAACUGGAGUAAAUACCUUCCCCCUCCGUCCUCCGGUCCUACCAACGCACAGUCUGGCGAAGGCGAGUGGAAGUUGAAGAAAGCCGGCCUCACCAACAUCACAGCAUUGCCACUGAACCCGUAUAUCCCCGAACAAAGCGAUUGCACAUUUGGCUGCGAAGGCCAUCUCUGCGACGCCGCAGAUGGCUGUGCGCCUAAUCUGAUCUGCAAAAACAGUGUCUGCCAGCAGAACGCAGAGAAUCAACUCGGACGGAGUGGAGAGCGCUGCGAUAGCAAGAAAGUAUGCCAGGAACAUCUGCGCUGCUCCGGCGGGAAGUGUCAAGCAUGUUCCGUCCGACCCUCCAUCCAGCCCGUAGAACCAAAAAGGGAGCGCACAAUCCCCGGCGAAGUACCGCCCGAGGACCCGCGUCGAAACCGCAUUAUACCAAACGAUCCUAACGGUUCCUGCCAUACCGACGCCCUACCCACGCUCUUUGCUCUCUCGCAAGUCACACCGUCCUCCAACAUGCUCCCAAUCUGCCUCUCACCCUCUAGCCCACCGCGGGGCAAUCCUUGCGAAUCCGCAUCCCAUUGCGAUGCCAACCAGUACUGUUCGUGGGGCCUAUGUACGCCUUGCUCGUCCAGCGACGCGUGUCUCGGCGCGCUCUGUCGUAGUAACAACAAAUGCAAGACUGGUUACUGCAACAGCUACGGCCGCUGUGAUUAUCCUGGGCAGAAAAAGAUUAUUAGUGGACCAGGGGCGAGUAGUGGGAAGAGGAGCAGGAGAAUUCCAGGGGUGCCCAAGGGGCAUGAGAGAGGGCCUGCAAAAGUCAGGAGUGAGGCUAUGAAGAUUAAUGUGCCCAAGGAGAAAGUGGCCGAGACGGGGUGGCCGACGACGGCAACUGCAUGA